CCUGGCAUUGGCUCCCCCUUUGCCUCCAGGAAUGGCCCCGUGUUGUUACAGGGACUGGAUUUCAGGGGCUGCCCUGUGGGGGCUUGGUGAGCCAUCCUUUAAAGCACACGAGCCCUUAUAUUAGGAAGCUAAUCUUCCCAUUGUGACCCUGGUGUGGCUGGUGCAGAGAUACCAGCCUGAGCUGUGUUUGGCCUCAGCCAAUAGCUCUGAGUGGUGUGAACUGUUCCUGUUCUUCUCAGAGGGGUGUUUACCCUGAACCCUAAUAAUGAUCCAGGCUGUGUCAACGAGCAAUGCCCAGCUGAUCCUGCAGAUUGAUAAUGCCACGCGAGCUGCUGACGACUUCAGAGUGAAGUUUGAAUCGGAGCUGGCCACCCGUCUGGGCGGGGAGAGCGACGUCGCUGGCUUGCGCAAAGUCCUGGACGAGCUGACCCUGAGCAGAGCCAGCCCACAGGAGGAGCUGGAAAGCCUGCAGGAGGAGCUGGCUCAACUCCAGAAGAAUCACAGGGAGGAAGUGGUUGCUCUCCAAGGCCGCCUGGGUGGCUCCGUCAGUGUGGAGGUAGAUUCUGCUCCCGGUGUCGGCUUGGUGAAAACCCUGGCAGAGAUCCGGGACCAAUACGAGGACGUCAUUGAGAGGAACUGCACAGAGGCUGCGGCCUGGCACAAGGAGCAGUGUGAGACGGUCACUCAGGAGGUGGCUAUCAGCGCAAAAGCUGUCCAGGGUGCCAGGAUGAAGAUCACGGAGCUCAGGCGCAUAGUCCAGGGCCUGGAGAUUGAGCUGCAGUCACUCUGCAGCAUGAAAGAGGCUCUGGAGGGCACGCUGGCUGAGACCCAGGCUGGCUCCGGGGGCGAGCUGGCGCAGCUGCGGGGGCGUGUCGCUCGGAAGGAGGCCGAGCUGGCGCAGCUGAGAACUGGCACCCAGCGCCAGGCUGAGGAGCACCAGCAGCUGCUGGAUCUGAAGACCAGGCUGGAGAUGGAAAUUGCCACCUACCGGCGCCUCAUGAAGGGUGACGAUGUCAGAUCUGGCACCAAGUCACCUGUGAGACAGACACCCCUAGAGGCUGCUAACAGAUCCCCCACCUCCAGGAGGGUGAAGACUGUGAUCAAGGAGCUCCUGGAUGGCAGGGUGGUGUUUUCCCACACGGAGGAGGUGGAGCAUCCCCUCUGAGGCAUGCUGGGAUUGGGGAAGAAAGGGAUAUCCCUCCCCACAAAUCAGGCCCCAGCUGCCCCAGCCCCCUGAUUUUCUGCUUGGUCUUCUGUGGCUUUGGGUUCCAAUAAAGCAAGUGGCACAGCGUGGGCUCAAGACGGGGCUGUUGUGUGGGGCUUUCUGGGGUGGGGC